AUGCCAAUCUACCUGGUGAGCGUUUGCGCUCGGCGUCCGCGGGCCGCGCCGACGUCAUCCAUUACAGCGGGCCUUCAAGCGCGGGGCGGCAGCGGCGACGGCACGGGCGGGCACAAGCGUGGGGCCCGGGAUGGGCGGAUCCGCGGCGUGGUGGCGACGGCAAUACCCGAGCGGGUGCGCGUGUCGGCGAGGCGGGUGUACGUAUCGGCCGGGCGAAGAGCGCGGGCGGUGUGGGAGUCGAACUCGGUCAAGUAUCUGAUCGCAGGAGCGAUCGCCGGGAUCGUGUCGCGGACGGCGGUGUCGCCGCUGGAGGUGGUGGCGACGGUGAACAUGUGCACGACAGGGGCGACGCGGCCGCUGCUCGUGGAGCUGCGCGCGCUGUUCGCGGCGGAGGGGAUGCGGGGUUUCUUCAAGGGCAAUACGGCGAAUUGUUUAAAGGUGGCGCCGACGAAGGGGAUCCAGUUCGUGGCGUUCGAGGCGCUCAAGAGGGUUAUGUACGGGCUGAGGGAUCAGAGGAGAGAAGGGGCUGAUGGGCCAUUAAUGGCGUGGGAGAGGUUUAUGGCAGGGGGUUUUGCUGGGAUGACGGCGGCGAGCAUCUGUUAUCCGUUGGACGUGGCCAAGACGUUGUUGACGGCGCAUCCGGAGCGGUUUUCCGGGGUGAUGCAGACGAUGGUGCAAGUGGCGAGGACGGAAGGGGGACGGGGAUUGUACAAGGGGCUGAGCCCGACGUUGGUGGCGAUGAUGCCGUACGCUGGGCUGGAUUUUGCGAUCUACGAGCAGCUCAAGCUGUUUUACCUCAAGCGGAAGAACAAAGAGGCGAACCUAUGGGUACUCCUGUUUAUCGGUGCGUUUGCUGGGGCGGUGGCACAGACGGCAUGUCAUCCAUUGGACGUGGUGAGGAAACGGUUGCAGCUGCAAGGGAUCGGGGGGAGGCCGGUGCAGUACCGGACGAUGGUGGAGGCGGCGGUGGGGAUUGUGAAGAAGGAAGGGAAGGGAGCAUUGCUUAAAGGACUGCAGCCGAUGUACGUGAGCGCGAUCCCAUCGGCGGGGGUAUCGUACGUUGUGUAUGAAAGAGUGAAGAGGAUGUUGGGGGUGCGGUCGUUUCAAUAGAGGGGGAGGCGGGCACUGUUAGAGAUGACGCGAAGUGCCUCGGGGGGCCGCGGGGGCAGCGAGGGUUGGAUGUUGGAUUUACAACGGUGUAAUUGGGUGUGCAUCAGCGAUGCAAGUCGCAAGCGUAGAAACCCCCUUUUGUUCGUAAAAAUAUCGUGAGACCA